AUGGCACUCAGGACGAGAGCAGAUGUGUGGCUGGCAGGAGGCUGGCAGUGCUUGCAUAGGACAAGGGCACUGGGCACCACAACAGUACCAGUCCCCAAGACGGUGCUGCCCUUCGAAGCCAUACCUCAGUACAGCACCAACAAGUGGCUGAAGAUGCUGCAGAUCUGGAAGGAUCAGGGCUAUGAGAACCUGCACCUGGAGAUGCACCAGGCCUUCCAGGACCUGGGGCCCAUUUUCAGGUAUAACACGGGAAGAACACAGACAGUGUCUGUGAUGCUGCCAGAGGAUGCUGAGAGGCUGUACCAGGUGGAUAGUGUACAUCCCUGCCGAUUGCCAGUGGAGCCCUGGGUGGUCCACCGGGAGCACCGCAGACUGAAGCUAGGCCUGUUCCUGCUAAACGGGCCUGAAUGGCAUUUCAACCGACUGAGGCUGAACCCAAAGGUGCUGUCACCAAAGGCUGUUGAAAAGUUUGUCCCCAUGGUGGACACAGUGGCAAGGGACUUCUCAGAGGCCCUAAAGAAGAAGGUGCUGCAGAACGCCCGUGGGAGCCUCACCUUGGACAUUCAGCCCAGCAUCUUCAACUAUACCAUAGAAGCCAGCAACUUUGCUCUUUUUGGAGAGCGGCUGGGCCUCCUUGGCCAUGACAUAAGUCCUGGUAGCCUGAAGUUCAUCCAUGCCUUGAAGUCCAUGUUCAAGUCCACCUCACAGCUCAUGUUCCUGCCCAGGAGUCUGACCAGCUGGACAAGCACCCAAGUGUGGAAGGAGCACUUUGAGGCCUGGGAUGACAUUACUGAGUAUGCCAACAAUCGCAUCUGGAAGGUUCACCAGGAGCUCAGACUCGGCAGCCAUCAGCACUAUAGUGGUAUUGUGGCAGAGCUAAUGUCCAAGGGAGAUUUGCCACUUGAGUCCAUCAAGGCCAACUCCAUAGAACUCACAGCUGGGAGUGUGGACACGACAGCUAUGCCCUCGCUAAUGACCCUCUUUGAGCUGGCUCGGAACCCGGACGUGCAGCGGGCCCUGCGGCAGGAGAGCCUGGCAGCUGAGGCCAGCAUCUCUGCGAAUCCUCGGAGGGUCAUCUCGGACUUGCCCCUGCUGCGGGGUGCCCUCAAAGAGACUUUGAGGCUCUAUCCCGUGGGAAGCACUGUAGAGAGAGUUCUAAGCUCAGACUUGGUGCUCCAGAACUACCACAUCCCUGCCGGGACAUUGGUCCUGUUUAAUCUGUACUCGAUGGGCCGAAACCCUGCAGUGUUCCCGAGGCCCGAGCGCUACAGCCCCCAGCGCUGGCUGGACAGGAGGAGAUCUUUCCAGCACCUGGCCUUUGGCUUUGGGGUGCGGCAGUGCCUGGGGCGGCGCCUGGCAGAGGUGGAGAUGCUGCUUCUGCUGCACCACGUGCUGAGAUCCUUCCAGGUGGAGACACUGAGGCAAGAGGACGUGCGGAUGGUCUACCGCUUUGUUUUGUUGCCCAGCUCUUAUCCCCUCCUCACUUUCCGGCCUGUCGGCUAG